CGCAUUUGAGUACCAACCAUUUUGAGUACGUAGUACGUACAGUUUUUCCUGACAACGCUGAAGUUUUUUUUUUUCCUUCAAUUACGGAUUUCAUUCCUAUAAUGUGUGUCAUGGAUUGCCAGUGAUCUCUUUGUGUACUACAAACUGCAUUUAAUGUUGCACAGUGUUGCACGAAACGUGGUUCGAGUCCAGAGACUGAGUGGCCAUUUCACUGCUAUGGCAGAUUUUGCUAUGGGGCCUUCUUCCAACAACAUCAAUACAAAUGAGUCACAAAAAAAUGUGAUUACUGCUGGAAUCGUCAUCAUAGGGGAUGAAAUUCUUAAGGGCCACACGCAAGACACAAACUCAUUCUUCAUGUGCAAAAAAUUGCGUUCACUGGGGGUCAUUGUACAACGUGUGACAGUUGUGCCGGAUGAUGUUUGUGCAAUUGCAGAGGAGAUUGCCACCCAGUCUCAGCGUUUCACGUAUGUGCUUACUUCAGGGGGCAUCGGGCCUACUCAUGAUGACAUGACAUUUGAGGGAGUGGCACGUGCAUUUAGUGAACGUCUCCAACCAAACCUUGAGCUGACAAAACUAGUGGAAACCUUCUUUGGUACUUUAGACCCUAGUAGGGCAGAAAUGAAACUUGCAAUGGUGCCUGAAUCUUCAAAAUUGAACUAUGGUACAGACCCUAAGACUGCACAGCCUCUUCGAUACCCUUUAGUGAGUGUACGCAAUGUCUACAUCUUUCCUGGAAUCCCUUCACUGCUAGAAAAAGCUCUUAAUGGACUUCAGCACCUUUUUGCUAAUACCGGUACUGUUUUUAAUUUUCGAGAAAUAUUUGUGAAUGCUGAUGAGGUUGCAUUAGCCCCUCUUUUGGGUCGAGCAAACGUCCUUUUCCGAAGAUAUGUGAGCCUGGGCUCAUAUCCUGAUUGGGUUAAUAAUUACUAUCGUGUAAAGCUCACCCUAGACUCUGAUUGUCUUCAGCGACUUGAAGAGGCCUAUGAGUAUCUACUGGAGAAUUUACCACAUGGCAGUGUAAUACCAAUUGUGAAGGAUCCUGUAAGUGUGGCUGCAAAAGAAGUCUACUCUCUGGCCCACAGUGGUUCUGCUCUUGGUCAUAAGGUGGCAGCAGCUUUACAGACAAUUGAAGAGGCUCUUGGUCAGUAUAGCUUGUCAGAGAUCUGUGUGGGGUUCAACGGAGGCAAAGACUGCACUGCCUUACUGCAUUUGUAUCAUGCAGCCCUCCAGAGGCGUUUUCCUGAUAUCAAAAACAAGUUACAGGUGAUAUAUAUCAGGAUAAUAUCUCCUUUCCCAGAAAUGGAACGCUUUAUUCAGGACACCAUUAAGAGGUACUCCUUCCAGAUUUUUACUGUUCAAGGAAACAUCCGCCAAGCCCUUAGUGAUCUUCAAUCUGAGCACCCUGAGCUGCAAGCAGUCCUUAUGGGAACACGACGGACUGAUCCCUACUCACGGACAUUAACACCACUAUGUCUAACAGACCCAGGCUGGCCAAAAUAUAUGAGAGUGAAUCCUUUGCUGGACUGGACAUAUCAUGACAUUUGGGAAUUCUUACGGACCUUAUAUGUGCCAUAUUGUAUCUUAUACGAUAAAGGAUACACUUCCCUGGGUAGCAUGGACAACACCUUGAAGAAUCCAGCUCUGCAGUUUUUUGAUGAGAAAGGUGUUGUGCGUUAUAGGCCAGCCCAUGAACUGCAGAAUGAGGAAGAAGAACGAACCUCCAGAAAGUAGUAUGAGUACCCUGCCAUUGGAUUAUAAUGCCAGUUAAUAGAUCAGCACAUCCUCUAUACAGAAGUGGGAAAUGUGCUUAAAGAGUGUUAUGGUCACAUUUUAGUUGGAAACAUGUCAAAGAGUGUAUGUAUUUCUUGAGAUUCAAAAACACUAAUUGCAGCAGACAUGGUUGAUGCAUAAGAAAUCAAUAUUAAUGUGUCUUCUGCAAAAGUAAUCAGAUAUAGUUAUUUAUUUAACAAAUGUUGCCAGAGUAUUAAGGAUCCCCAGCAGCAAUGCUUCACCUGUUUUGAUGACAAGGAGGAAAAAUGUUUUCAACAGCUGCCUGUCUUUGUUGUAGACAAGUAUUCUUGACUUGAAGAGGCCAAACAACAUACGCAGUGUGGGUACAGUUAAGAAGGCACAAUGGUACUUAAUCCUCGAGGGUUGUCAGCUGCAGUUUUCUUCUCUGAAGAGACAACAGCUGUCCUUACUGCUAUACCUCCAGAAAAGGACUUUUAUUGGACACAAUUGAAAGAUUUCGAUUGGAAGGUAUCACCUUUAAAUCCAUGCAUUCCAAUUUAAAAUAAUGCUUACAUCGGUAAAUAUCAAUUAGCAAAACAAUAAAAAUAUUAUAU